AACAAAAGAAAAGCAGCUCUGCUGUGAGAGGCGACCAGGCGCACAGAGACUGAGAGAAAGCAGAGAGAAACUCCGUCAGGAGGGCGAGGACAUGCGUGUUUUUGCUGCUGCUGGAACAGGGAUUCAGCACACACGCGGCGUGCCGGGCUCGUUCGGGUUUGAGUUGUGUUUUGGGUCAAAGUGCGCAGAUCCGCGGAGAAGAAAACAACGGAGCCGAGCUGCAGCAGCUCCAGCCCACGCCUGGACAUGACUUUUCUGAAUGGAGUAAUAUGUCCAUCCAUACCGUCAUAUGAUGACAGCAUUUGAGUGAUCAGAUGAGAUGACGGCGGCUUUCUGUAAACAGAAGUGUUGUGUCUGUGGAAGGACUGUAGCAGAUCUACACGCCAGCGCACAGGCUCGCAGUUAGCUGAACCAUCCAGCCUCGUCUCCGUUCUCCUUCAGUUCACGAUGGCGUUCUCACGGCUGCUCUCUGUCUGUUUAUCACUGAUCAUCCUCAUCAGCGACUGUCAUGGUACCGCCAUCCCUCGCAUCACCUUUCCUCUGGACAGUCCAGGUCGACCUGUCGGCCUCUUCACUCCUCCAGAUGUUUAUAACUCCACCACACUGUUGCUGAGUGAAGAUGAAGAGACGCUGUUUGUUGGUGCCAGGGAUGCUCUCCUCUCUGUCAAUGUCAGUCAGAGGGGAGGCCUGGUCCUUAACCAGAAGCUCGACUGGUCACCCACAGAGAAAGACCUCAACGACUGUUCCAUGAAGGGCAAGAAGAAGACUGACUGUCCAAACUUUGUUCGAGUUCUGCAGGUGCUAAACUCCACCCAUAUGUACGCCUGUGGAACGUUUGCCUUCAGCCCUCGCUGCACCUACAUCAAUGCUGCACAGUUCUCACUGGUAACUGGCAGUAGGCCUGAAGAGGGCAGAGGUCGCUGCCCUUAUGACCCCUACCAGAAAAACACAGCCAUUACUGUGGAUGGAGAGUUAUACACUGGUACAGUAGCAGAUUACAGGGGCAAUCGACCCAUUAUCUCUCGUCAUCUGAGUGAAGGAGAACAUGUUGAUGUGAAGCUGGAUGAUACAAUGGGCUGGCUAGAAGAUCCCACCUUCAUCAGCUCCACCUUCAUUCCCAGUGAGGAGAAAGUCUAUUUCUUCUUCAGUGAGCUCGCCGGAGAGUAUGACUUCAUCAACAAGUUCACAGUGUCUCGCAUCGCUCAAGUUUGCACAAGUGAUGUUGGAGGUCAGCGUACCCUGCAGCGGCGCUGGACCACCUUCACCAAAGCUCAGCUCCUUUGCCAGGCAAACGGAGAGCUGCCUUACAAUGUUCUGCAGGACAUGACCACCCUUCAUCCACCAGAGGGAGCUUCUGAGGACGACACACUGUUCUACGGCAUCUUCAGCUCACAGUGGUCCGUGAACUCAGGUCGCUCUGCAGUGUGUGCAUUCAGACUCAGGGCCAUUAAAGACGUGUUUUCUGGAAACUACAAAUACCUGAACAGGGACACGGUGAAAUGGAGCACCCGAGUGCAGGAGAAGAUUGCCAACCCUGGAGAGUGUGGCCUCCACAAUGCCUCAGAUAACACCCUGCGCUUUGUGAAGGAGAACUUCCUGGCUGAUGAGAGUGUCCUACCUGUCAAUCAGGAGCUGACCAUUGUGUCACCUGAUCACCAGUACAGCAACAUUGCAGCUCAGAGAGUGCGGGCAGCUGGUGGGAAAGAUUACACCGUUCUGUACCUUCUCACAGAAACUGGCUACCUGCACAAAGCCGUGCUUCUGGAUAAAGGUGCCCACAUCAUAGAGGAGAUCCAGGUUUUCACAAAACCUCAGCCAGUGAAAAACCUCCUGCUGUCUGUCACCAAGGGUCUGGUGCUGGUGGGAACUUCUGAGGGAAUAGCGUCUGUACCAGUCUCAAACUGCUCGUACUACUCAAGCUGUGCUGAGUGUGUUUUAGCCAGAGACCCUUUCUGUGGCUGGGACCUCUCACGAAGAGCUUGUGUUGAUAUCAACUCUGUUAGGGAGAAUGUUGGUCAGGAUGUGGAAGGAGGAAACGUGUCUGAAGUGUGUAAACCCAGAUUACGCUCCUUCUCUCCGAAAUCUCCUGCAACCACGUGUCCUCCAGGUGAGCUGGUCUACGUGUCUCUGAAUGAAGUGGUCCAUCUGCGUUGCCCAGCUGCGUCCCACCUUGCCCAGCUGCACUGGGAGCGGCUCAACAGCCAGAUCUCACCCAAAAUCUACAUGCAGCACGAAGACGGCAGCCUCAGCUUCCUCGCCACCCCAUCCACCCUGGGGCAGUACCUCUGCCAGGCUGUGGAGAACGGUUUCACGCAGACCCUCUACGUUUACCAGGUCAGACAGAAGAGCAACCCCACCGUACAGCCUUCAACGCCCAGCAGACCACAGAUUACACGCACAUCUGAAAGUGGACAAGGAAGCACGGGUGCUACCACAAAAGGGGUGACCACACCACAGACUAAAGAUGAGACGAUGGAACCGAAGCCCACGACAAAGGUGCUGGUGCCCACCAUGCCUGCGAGAAAGACUCCAGCAGCGACCACAGGCAAGACCACCAGAAACAACGUCACCAUCAGGGAGGAAAAGCUGGAAAAGGAGAAAGUCAAAAGCCUUGAAGGGGAACGCCAACUUCUGGCUAAAAAUCCCAGCUACCUGCAGGAGCUGGUGGUGGUCUCUGUGCUGUUAGCAUUGUGCAUUAGCGCACUGCUAACCAUCGCGCUGUUCAGUUUCAGGCAGCGGUGUCACAUCAGGACAGCCCCUCACAGCCCAGGCUCACGAAGAGACGCAGAGAGGGCAGGGGAAGACGUGUCUCAUGAGAGAGAGGCUCUUAAGGGUAAUGCACCAGGGGCAGGAAAACAAAACGGACAUGCCCACGGCGUAGCAAAAUCUCCAAACUCCCUCAGCAAUGGAGCGCUAAAUGGCUCUAAUGGCCACCUGCCUAAUACGCCUAUCUGAGGCUGACUAAUGCCGUUUUUUGUUUGCUUGUUUGUUUGUUGUUUCCUUUACCUAGGGCUGCACAAUAUCAGUAAAAUAAAUUAUUAAAAUAAAAAUAAAAUUGCUGUUAGGACUGGUUCAAGGAAUACUUGAAUGAGUGUUAUUUUCAUACAUCAUUUCGAUUUGUUUCUGGAGACUUUGUAUUAUUUUAUCGAUAAUUAUAUCCAGGCGGUUUAAUUAGAUGAGACCUUUAAAUAGAACCGUUAUUGUUAAUAAACUAAAAAUAUUAAAGAAUGAAAAGAGUGUGGACACUCUAAUUAUAAUAAAUAUAUAAACUUGACAAUAUAUUUACUGCUUGACAAACUGGGCAUUUUCAUGGACCACUAAAAACUGGUAACUAAAAGAGUAAAAAUAUCUGAGAAAUUAGUUACUUUACAUUUUUGGACAAUACAAAAAAAUGACCAGUGCAGAAUGUGUGGUUAGUCAGAGGAAUCUUUAUAACUUAUUUUACCAACCUGCUUUAAUAUAAACAUCUGAUUUCAGUUCAUUUGCACUUUCACCUGUGUACACAAAAAAUACAUCACUAUUAAAAGAGCCCCCUCCUGGAUAUAUUUCGAACUGCAGUAAUUCAUAUUUGAGUACUGCUUCAGAAAUCCGGUAUUUAAGGCCUGUGAAACUCUGUGAAAAUCUGGCAGGCCAUAAUUGCUGCGUAUUAUGAAUUGAAAUUGUGAUAUGCCUUGUAAUAUUUUCAAAGCAUUUCGAAGUAUGUGUCAUGUGUGCUUAAAGCAUUGACCUGCAUUAUUUUUAGCAACGUUUUUAAAGUACAGACAGGUACUACUACCGAACAAACAAAUAUAUUGUGCAGUCCUAGAGGGAACUAUUCAGAAUCUGACUGAGUCUGUAUAGCCAAACAAAUGCUGAAGGUCAAGAGGUUCACCCAUCACCCAUCACCUGUUUCUGAGCCAUAACUGUCUUAGCUUGACCUGCAGUGGUGGUCCUCAUUAACAUCCACAUAACUUGCUACUUUUAGCCCAAGAGGGAAACCCUUUUCUUUUUUUUUUCUUUUUUCUGAGGUCAGCACAUCUCACCACAGCUCACAAGGACAAUUUGCCAUUAUUGGACGUGAUGCUGAGCUACUUUUUGCACUUUCUUAUGUAAACAUUUCUUCAGUCUGUACAUAUUUAACAUGUAAUUCAAUUCAAAGUGACAAAAGUGUUUUUUAUUAGUAGUAUAGAUGUGCACAUGGAAAAUGUCUAUACACCAACUGUCAAACAACGUUUGUGCUCAGCAACCCUGGUUAUAAUGAGGUGGUCUUGCUAAGAAUGGACAAAGAUUACUUUUUGAAGACUUCAAUGAUUUUUUUUUAACUGAUCCGAAUUCAAUUCAAUUGAAAUACAACAGUGUUUACCUUAAGAAAUAUCCAACAGUUAAGAAGUUACUGUACUUGAAAGGUAUAUAAUUUUUCCUUUCCCUACACUUUAAUGUAGUAAAUAUACCAAGACAGGUUUAGUGUCUGAUCUUUUUCUUUUUUAGUUUGAGCACUGGAGCUACAAGGCUAAUGUAUCCAACAAGUAAUUGAUGCCUAAACUUCACCAGUUAGCUUCAAACUACCUGCCUGAUAGCACCAAACAUCAGAUACCAAAUAGGUCUUGGAUUAGCAACUGUUCAUGGCAGUAAGAGGGAAAUUGUGCAAAUCCUUUGAUGUAAAUCUUUUGAGGCCACUGAUCUUCAGUAUUAUUUCUUUAUUUCAGCUGUUGAAAAUUUCUACUUUCUUACCCUGACAGUAUAAUUCUGUCGUAAUGUUUUUUUUCUUCUGUGUGUAAUUUACUAAAUUUCUUACCUGUCUAUUGGUUUGCAAAAUGUGGAGCAUGUGUUAAUGAUGGGUUUAUGUGCUUAUUUAAAUUGCCACCUUCUUAUUUUUCGAAUAUUAAAAUCACUCACCAUGGUACAGUGUAAGCUAAAGUGAUAAUGUCCGUUGUCUGAAACUUGCUAAUUAAUUAAAGGGUAAAUCCACUGUUUUUUUAAAUCUGUUAUAAUUCAGUGGUUGAGAUGUAAAUAGUUAUUCAGAGUGGAGAUUGGUGUGAAAUGGUUCACUGUAAAGAAACAUCUUAGAUUUAAUUAAAGUGGUGUUGAUGGGAUCCAGGAUUGCCAUGAGUCGUAAGUAUAAUCUGUUGCUCAUAUACUGCUGCGUGACACACGAGAAUGCCAAGGGGGUCGUGUUCUGCCGGGGAGGUGGAAUUAGGCACGACAAUGGUGCAAGUGCAAGUUUUAAGAGCUCAUAAAUCAAUAUCUGGUAGAAUAACCCUCCUUUUUAAUUACAGUUUUCAUGUAUCUUGGCAUGUUCUAUUCCACCAGUCUUACACACUGCUUUGAAUAACUUUAUGGCACUUCUGGUGCAACAUUUCAAGCUGUUCAGCUUGGUUUGAUGGCUUGUGAUCAUCCACACGAGGUUUUCAAUUUGAUUAAAUCAAAGAAACUCAACAUUUUUAGGUGGUCGCAUACAGAGCUGUAUAUCUAAACAGUGUACUUAUAUCCAUAUUGUGUAAUAAUGUUUAAAACUCUCCUAAUUUAGCACCACUGUGAUCAGUUCUGACUUAGCAUGUUUCUCUACAAUGGAACAUUUCACACCAAACCACAAUUGUGCUUAUUUAUUUUUUAAUCACAUCUUAAUCAUUAAAUCUUCCAUGUGAAUGCCGCUUAAGGGAGUUUGCAGGACGGGAGGGUUUAAACAGGGUGCUGCUAAAUAUUCAUAUUAACAUAUUAGGGUCUUAAAAAUAGUUUGAUACUGUGGAGCUAAUGUGAACUGCCUGGAUGUGAUUAAAAACAUGUAGCACCUCAAAAAUCAUGCAGCGCCACCUAAUUUGUGACAAUCACUUGUGAACUUGUGAUGUUGCCAAAUCUUGUAAAGGUACGAGGCAGACCCUGCUUUGGUCUGAACAAUUCAGAGUUACAGAGAAAAACUUGGCUGAUCCUGUUAUUUAAUGUCACUUUGAUGAUUUGAUGAUGCUGUGAUGUACUAAAUAAGAACUGGAAUGUUUGCCAGUGUUGAACCUGUGUUUUCUUUUUGUUUUUUCUUUAGUUUUUCUUUUUUUUUUCUUGGCAAAUUCAGCUCACUGUACAUCACUGUUAAGAGAAUAUUGUUUUAUUUUUAUACAGUUGUUUCAAAAUAAAAAAAGUGAUUGGUAAAAUGCAUUAAACAACUUGUUGGGAUUUUCAACACCGUUCAGGUUACCCAGAAAAGCA